AUGUUCACUGGACUGAUCGAACAUCUCGGUCACAUUUCACGUAUCGUCAGGGACGAAGGUGGAUGCACACUGACUAUCCAUAAUGCUGCUCCCGUGUUGGGCGACUGCCACAUUGGUGACUCCAUUGCAGUAAAUGGAGCCUGUCUCACUGUCACGGCAUUUGACGCUUCAGAGGAUAAAGAGGGAGGCUGGUUUGAGGUCUGGCUUGCGAAUGAAACGCUAAGCCGGACAGAUCUCGGAGACAGGAAGGUUGGGGAUCCUCUUAAUCUCGAGCGUGCGAUGGCUGCGCAUGUACGCUUUGGCGGGCAUUUCGUACAAGCACAUGUUGAUACGACUGCUACCAUCAUCUCUCGGACAGCGGACGGUGAUUCUGUCCGCCUGGUUUUUCAGCUUGCGUCUCCAACGGCCUCUGUGCCAUCGAUCCAGCAAUAUCUAGUCCCCAAAGGAUACGUCGCGAUAGACGGUGCAUCUCUGACAAUCACUCAUGUUGAUGAUGUUUCUCACUCAUUCGAAGUGAUGUUAAUCAAGCACACGCAGGAGCGGAUCACGCUGGGCACGAAACAAAUAGGUGAUAAGGUCAAUAUUGAGGUAGACAUGGUUGGAAAGUAUGUGGAGAAAAGCGUGAUUGUCGCCUUGGGCGGAGAGGGUGGCAACGUUGGGCUCAAAGCGCUGGUGAGAAAAGUAGUCCACGAUGUCGUGAAAGAGAAAGGCGUAAUUUGA